AUGGAGAUGGAGAUCAAUUCCGUGCAGGCCAGCGGGCGGCGAUCGGCGGAGGAGCUGGAUGAGGCCGACCCCUUCGUCGCGCGGAAGAAGAUGAAGCAUCCGGAGAAGGGGGUGGGGAUUGGUUCCGUUCUGGGACGGCAACUCGCGGAGGAGUUGAGCGCAUUGCUGGAAGCCCUCUCGCUUGCUGCCCGGGCAGACCGUGAGAGCUGGAAGGGGGUUGAUUGCGUCCGGUCACUGCGGCCGGUCGACAUGGAGGAAGCCCUCGCCGUCGCUGACCGGAAGAAGGUGGGGAAGCCGGAGAAGGGGAAGGAGCUCGCGAGCUGGCAGCCGGCGGGGGAGUUGGAGGAGGCCCUCUCCGUCGCCGUCCAGAGCGGGCUGACGGCCGAGGAGGUGCGCAAGUUCCUCCGCGUCGCCGCCUGGUCAAAUCUGACGGACUACGACGUCCGCUGUCUCGCCGUCGAGAGGGGCCUCAGGGACGAGGACGCCGUCUCACUUGCAGAGAGCUUCCUCACCAUGUACAAGAUCGUAUUCUCCACUCUACACGCGCAGCUCCUCUCCUCGUUUGACAGACGGCGGUUUGAUCCCGAGCUAUGCCAAUGGAAGACGUUUGGUCGCUUCGUCGACGAGAGGAAGAAAAGAGGCCCGGAUGCGACCACCUUCCUUCUCUUCAAGAUCAAGGCAUCGGCCAGGAAUGCCAAGGUGUCGUGGUGGCGGAAGGAGUACCCCCAUUUCCCCCCGGAGCGGGCAGGGUACACCGGCGCUCUGCGCGUGGCCCGUCUCGUCGGCGGCAGAGAAGGGCCUCGUCUGGAGGAGGCGGGUGAGGACGGGCAACCGGGCGCCCUCUCAUAUGGUAGCGACUACUACAACUGUAGGUGGCUUGAUCGCAGAGUGGGUGUCCUCGAGGACGGCUGGCUCAGCCCACUCAACGAGGUCGCCAUCAUCAGGAGGUUGCCCAAAGGCGAGGGGAUCUAUAUCACGUCGUACGUGAAUCGGCUUGGUGUUAAGCUUGAUGAAUUUCUGUUUGUGUUGCACUUGGCUUGGACAGUCGCCUUGAGCUUUACCGAGCGAUGGUUCUAUGUCUCUUCCAAGUUCAGAGAGGAGAAGUUGUACGCUGUUCCUGGUGUUGAUUUUCUGGAUAUUACCGUCCCUGUGAAGAACCUGAUCAAGAAGCUUUACCAGAUUUAUGAGCAAGAGGAGCAAGCUAGGAAAAUGAUGCUUGAGCAACAAGAUCCUCAUGAGAGGCAGGAGGAGAUGAGACCACUGCUAGAGGAGCAAGAGAGGAAUAAUCUGGAAGAUAUGCGUAGGAAAAGGGAGGAGAGCAAGAAACAGAAACUCCUACGCAAAGAAAAAAGGGAGGCGGCUCAUCAGAUGAAGAUGGCAACAAGAAUUGGGAAAGAACAGGGAAAGAAUGAAGAAUACGAGCAAGAUUCUUUUUGCACUCCAAUGCUUUUUUGUGUGGAAGAACCUGAUUUGAUGCAGCCAAUGGAUGAAGACAUAUGGCAAAGUGAGCAAAGCCCCAAGGAAUAG